UAAGACCAUGGGACAGUACUUUAACAAACUAUAUUAACCGUUACGAGAGCUGUAAUCGAUUCUGCAGCUUCCGUUCCGCUCUCUUGUAUUUACACGGAAGGAAUUUUAUGGCCCACAGAAGGAGGGACUUUAAGUUUGUUGACAGUACAGACAGCCAAUAACAAUGUCUUUAUAUUCGCACUUGUAAACACGCCAACCAAUCAAAUUUAAUAACAACUCUUCUGGGACGUUUUCACGUGGAAACGGCAACGCGGUGAGCGGAAUGUAUGACAGUCAAAACAUCAUAGAACUUCAUUCCGCAUGACAGCAGUAUUUGUCGCUUUCGACAUAAAUAAAGUCGACUUAUUAAUACGCUUCUUUAUCAGGUUAAAUAGUUUAGAAAAAUGCACUUUAUUAGAUGUUGGAGAAGAAGUGCCACUGUCAUAACUUCGAUAAGGUCAUUUACAGUUAAAAGGCUUUUGUGUUCUGUUGGGCCAGAGGAUGACACUGUUUUCGCCAUGUCGUCGGGUCAGGGCAGGUGUGGGGUGGCGGUGGUCCGGGUCAGUGGUCCGGCAUCAGCGCUCGCUGUCCACAGUUUGACCCGGCGUUUCCCCGCAGCUCGCACCGCCAGCCUCCGCAGCAUCAUACAUCCCCAAACCCAAGAGCUGCUGGACCGCGGGCUUGUCCUCUGGUUUCCAGGUCCUCAUAGUUUUACAGGGGAAGACAGUGCUGAGUUUCACAUUCAUGGGGGACCUGCUGUUAUAAAUGGAGUGUUACAAGCACUUGGGACUAUACCGGGGCUGCGGCCUGCAGAGGCAGGCGAGUUUACCCGUCGGGCGUUCUUUGCUGGAAAAUUGGACCUUACUGAAGUCGAGGGUCUGGGUGACCUGAUUCACGCAGAGACAGAAGCUCAAAGACGACAGGCUCUCCGACAGAUGGCGGGAGACCUGGGCCGAAUCUAUCAAGACUGGAGCGAUCGUCUAAAGCGAUGCUUGGCACAUGUUGAAGCAUUCAUCGACUUCAGUGAAGAUGAACUCAUAGAGGACGGGAUCUUAAACAACUUGGAUGCAGGUGUUUGUCAGCUUCAGACAGAGAUGGGAAAUCACCUGUCAGAUCAGCGCAGAGGAGAGCGUCUGCGCAGCGGUGUUCAGGUGGUCAUUGCUGGAAGCACCAACGCAGGGAAGAGCAGCCUGCUCAACAUGCUCACUCAGCGUCCCUCUGCCAUAGUGUCUCCUACAGCAGGAACCACCAGAGAUGUGGUGGAGGUCCCUCUAGACAUCGGGGGCUAUCCUGUGCUGCUGAGCGACACGGCAGGGCUGCGGGACACCACAGACAGCGUGGAGCAGGAGGGCGUCCGGCGCGCCAGGCAGAGGGUGGAGCAGGCAGAUCUCACUCUAGCGGUCGUCGACUUGACGCAACUUCCCUCGGAGCCUCUAAUGGUGUCCGUCUUCCUCAGAGGGCACUUGAGGAGUAUCCUGGAGCAAACAUCUGACAGGCAGCAGUGUAUCCCAAUCCUCAACAAAAGUGACCUCAUCUCCACCGAGCAAAAGCACAGCAUCCGAGCCGUGCUCGAGAAGGAUGGAGAUGUUGCUCGUUUCUGUUUUUUGUCAUGCCAUACUAGAGAUGGGCUGGAGGAACUUCUGACUGUAUUACAGGAUAGAUUGAAGACAUUGUGUGGGAAUCCAUUGGCUGGCAGCCCAAGUCUGACUCAGACACGUCACAGGACUCACCUACAGACGUGCACAGAGGCACUACAUCAGUAUCAUCAUUACAGAGAUGUAGAUCUGGUGCUGGCGGCAGAAGGCCUUCGUCUGGGUCUUUCCAGUCUGGGGAGGAUCACCGGUAGAAUUGGUGCUGAGGAAAUUCUGGAUGUGAUUUUUAAAGACUUUUGUAUUGGGAAAUAGAAUAGGUAAAGGAUGAAUGUCAACAGCUGCUGUGUUGUUUAUUUGGCAAAUCUGACCAUUUAUAACUUGCAAAAGUCAACGUAAGACUCUUUAUUGCAAAUGGGAGGCAUAAUGUCACAUCUCAGCUUUUCUCCAAAAACAAUCACAUUUCCUCCCACUGUCCCUAGUCAAUGCUAUGACUUCACACCAACCUUGGCAUGAGGAGACCUUAUUUGUUUGGAAACAGACUGUGGUGACGUUCUCAUCAAACUGAGUGUUCUCCCCUGUUCUGCUGUACAGCCGGUGUAGGAAGGGAGAUGUUGAGAAACGCUCCCCACGGCUCUUUGUUCUGCUGUCAAUCGCACAUUCAUUUAAAUAUUUAUGUGAGUUUGUUGCUGAACUCUUCACCCGGUUGACGCAUCGGGCACGAGGCGCUGCUCGCAGCGUGCUGUACCUUCUGUCUUCCUUUCAUUCAUGACGCUGUUGUUUCUGCUGAUUAAAGGUUAAAAGGGUUCAUAAAUCUCCUUGGCCUUUGUACUGUAAGGGGUAGGUGAAGAGGCCAUCAUGUUUAGGAAGAACAGCUUUGGGUCAUGCAAAAUCUGUUAGAACGUUAAUUUAGUUAUGAUUGUAUCAACUUUUAGAAAUAAAAGAUUCGUAAUUUGUAGAGAUUAAAGGAUGUGCAUCAUGUAUUUUAAUAUACAAAUUAAUGUU